UUAAUUGUGCGGAAUAAAGUGAGUCGUACGGCAAGAUUUAGUCGAUUCUGUGCGGCUAAAGAGCGCGGUUCAAGCGAAACGUUCAAGGAAGAUAAACUGUUAAACUGGAGCAGUCCAAGGGAAUCGGCAUACCAUACCAACAGCAUGUUAGCCUCAGUUCCCGUCCGUCUGGCGCUGUUCGCAGUGAUAAGCUCGCAGAGUCUGCAGCUUCAGGCUGCUCCGUUCCCAGGAAUCGAGAAUGCUGCCUUCGCCAGCCAAGAUUUAUUGGCCGAGGAAUCGGCGCCCGUUUUUAGCCAGGUCCACGUCCAGCACAAUCGGCAUCGUCGCCAUCAUGGGGACGGCAAUUACCACGGGCAUCACCAUCACAAGCGGCACUGGGAUCACCACUUCCCGGCUCCCGACUGCCAUCACCCGGGCGGAUUUGGAUUUGGAUUUGAGCAUCCCCCACAUGGACCGCCGCCACCCCACAGAUUCGGAUUAGAGCCACAUGGCUUCGAACCCUUUCCGAACGCCUUUGGAGCCCCGGAUUACGAAGAGCACCAGCGACCCUUUAAGGCCGAAUUGGAGCCAUUUAAGGAUGACAAAGGAGCAUCUCAAGUGGCUCCCAGACAGCCCAGCUCAAGCAGUGUAGCUCCACCACCUGCGGCUCCGAUUACUCCAUCGACCACCAGCACCACCACCUCCACCACCAGCACCACCUCCACCACUUCAGCACCCAUCUCUUCCAGCACCGAAGAAGCCCCCCUGGCCAUCGACAUACGCAUUGGCUCCGAGACCUAGACCUAAGCCUCGACUCUAUUUUAUAUCUCGUGACAUUAAAGUUGCUACCAAAACCACAA